AGGGAGCGUAGCGGCGCGAGGCGCGAGAGAGAAAAGCAAAGGUACACGUAUCGCGAAUUCGAUUUGGACAGUUGGAUUAUUACCGAAAUACCUCUUAAGAUAUAGUAAGACCAUGGAACAGAGGUUUAGGGCAGAGAGAAGAAGACAAAUUAACCAACUAAUUCUUCUUCGGAGAAGAAUAAGAGAUGCUCAUGAUCCCUUCGACGUCACUCGGGAGACUUUCAUUGCCUCAUACAGGCUGACGCAAGAUCUUGUUCGUAGUCUUGUGGUUCUCAUUCGUCCACAUAUUCCUCGAACUACAAGUCCUCUCGCUGUGCCUUUGGAGAUCAAGAUUUUGUGUGUGCUGCAUUUUUAUGCAACAGGAUCAUAUCAAAGGCCCACAGGGAAGAGUAUAGAUACUGCAGUAGCGCAGCCAACAGUGUCGGACCACCUUACUGAGGUCACCCUCGCACUAAACCAUCCACAGGUGGUCAGUAGACUGAUCCAGUUUCCAAGGAAUGCUGAGCAAAUGAGAGCAUGUGUUGCCAGGAAUCAAUAUUUGGGUGGCAGGAUUCCGAGUGCUGUUGGAUAUACGGAUGGAACAUUAGUUAAAAUUAUGAAGCCAACAUUAGAAGAUAAUGUUCAAGCUUACAUUGGGCGAAAGUCCUUUGCCAGCAUAAAUGCAUUAGUGACCUGUGACAAACGUUUUUAUGUCAUGAAUAUAGUAUCCCGUUACCCAGGGGCUACUAAUGAUUCAUACAUUUGGGCUAACAGUGCACUUCGGAGGAAGAUGAUCGAGUUAAACGAGGAGGAACGUUGUUUCCUUUUAGGUGACUCUGGAUUUCCUCAUGAACCGUGGAUGCUCACUCCGUUUGCUCGUGGGGAGGAACCAGAUGAGGAUACCCCAGAAAUGAGAUACAACAGGGAUUUCUGCAGGGACCGCUGCACUGUGGAGAACACUAUUGGGUUGAUGAAACAGAGGUUCAGGGCAAUUAAUGAUGAGAGAAUUCUUCAUUAUUCUCCUCUCAAGGCCUGCAGGAUCAUUGUGGCUGUAGCAGUGUUGCACAAUCUCUGCAUCUUGGCCCAAGUCCCAUACUACCAGUUAAAUGCAGAUAGAGCUAGAAAUGACAACUUUAAUGAAUGGGAGGGAGAAAAUUUUAAUGAACUGGAUGAGAAUUAUAUUGAUCUCUUACAGGCAGGAAGGGAUGUCCGGCAGAGGGUUGUUGAUUAUUUGGAACAAAUGCGCAAUCAGUAGAACUUUUGUUGUAAGCGAGGGGCUAAAAACUUGAAUUUUAUUUAUUGACAGAGUGUUACAGUCUGAAGGAAUUUGUGGAAUCCUGACACGAAGUCAUAGGAUCAGUAUGAGUUAGACGAACAGCUGCAAACCUAUUGUGUUUUUUCUUUAAAGAAGUAUUCUUUUGUUUUGUUUUGCUGCUAUGAAUUGAGGUGAACAAAGUGUACCCGCACUCUCUUGUAAAUAUGUAUGGAUGAGUGUAUGAAUGUCAGUGUGAGUGUGUCUGAGUAGACUUUUAGUUAUCCUAUUUAUGUGUUUAGCUUGCACUCUGAUGUGGUUGGUCGAUACUCUGUUGUGUAUUUGUAUCUGUGCUGUGGAGUUGUUUAUUUACUAUGUGAACAAAUGAAGUAUCUUAUCUAUUUGUCUUCAUGAGCCUCCAAAAUUACUCGCCUGAACCUAUUCAU